UAGAGAUUUGAUUGUAAAGGACAACGGAAGAAGGAAAUAUUUCUUACAGGGAGAAACCUUUGUUUCCUAAGUUUGCAUCCGGUGCGUCCACGUUCUUUCCAAACUCCAAACCAUUGAUAGAAACUCACGCUCAAGCAGCAAUAUCAGAAAAAGAAGACGUUAAAGGAAUUCAGUUACAAACGAUAAACAAGAAGAAGACGUCCGUGCUCUGUUAUAAUUUUGUUUUCAAGUUUCAACAGAUUUAUAUUCAAUCAGAGAGAAAGAUGAGCUGGACAAUAUCGUCACCGGUGAUAUCGUCGUUAAAGUUACGCGUUGCUCGUCCAGAACCUAAAAGAACACGUAGGUUGAGCCCACACGAGCUCGGGUUAGCUCCGUCUUUAUUGAAGAAAGAGUCGCAAGAAAGAGAAUUGUUGCGAACAAGAACCAGAUUGCCGCAACAAAUAAAAUUGUCGCAAAAAAUGAUCGUUUUACGUUGUGAUUCCUGCAAAAUGUAUCAAGUGCAUAUAAAUAAAAAUUUAUCCAAAUGGACUUGCCAGGUGUGCCAUGUAAAGAGCUCUGUAAAGCAGAUAUGUUUUCAAGGACCUCGAUCAAAUUGUCGUUACCUGAUUCAAAAACUUAAUAAAGGAGCAGAUCAUACAGUUUCUAUACCUUCUCGACGAGAUGCCAUUGGUGCUACUUAUAAUCCAUUUGUAAACUAUUAUAAAGAAUCUGGCAAUAACAGUGGUGCUAAGAGCAAAUAUCUAUGGGAAUUUCUUACAUUGCCAAAGAUAGAAGAUCUCAAAGAUGUGGAAAAUUUGAUGAGUAAUAAUGAAGCCAACAAUACAACAUCAACUGAUACUAGCUCUGAAAAUGAGGAUGAUGGUGAUACUAGCUCGGAAGGUGAGGAUGUUAGUGAUACUAGCUCUGAAAGUGAGGAUGAUGGUGAUACUAGCUGUGAAAGUAAGAAUGGUGGCUAUGAGACAGAAGGAUUACGUACCACAAGCUUUAACCGUAAUUCCAAUAUUGAUGAUGAAUGCAAUAUGCUGAAUAACACUAAACCUUACAAGUUUAACAACACUAUUGCUUAUCUCACUUCCAUUAGAAUUGAGGAUUUAUUAUAUAGGCAAGAAUUGAGAACAUCAACUGAUACUAACUCUGAAAGUGAGGAUGUUAAUGAUACUAGCUGUGAAAGUAAAGAUGUUGGCAAUGAGACAGAGGGAUUACGUACCACAAGCUGUAACCAUAAUUUCAAUAUUGAUGAUGGACGCAAUAUGCUGGUUAACAUUGAUCCUUUAGAGUUACACCACAAUCUUAUUUGUUUCACUGAUACAUUGAAGGAGUUAUCUGAUACUAACUCUGAAAGUGAGGAUGAUGGUGAUACUAGCUGUGAAAGUAAAGAUGUUGGCAAUGAGACAGAGGGAUUACGUACCACAAGCUGUAACCAUAAUUUCAAUAUUGAUGAUGGACGUAAUAUGCUGGAUAACAUUGAUCCUUUCGAGUUAGACCACAGUCCUAUUUCUUUGCCUGAUACAUUGAAGGAGUUAUCUGAUACUAACUCUGAAAGUGAGGAUGAUGGUGAUACUAGCUGUGAAAGUAAAGAUGUUGGCAAUGAGACAGAGGGAUUACGUACCACAAGCUGUAACCAUAAUUUCAAUAUUGAUGAUGGACGCAAUAUGCUGGAUAACAUUGAUUCUUUCACGUUACACUACAUUCCUAUUUCUUUGUCUGAUACAUUGAAGGAGUUAUGUGAGUUAUUUGAUACUAGCUUUGAAAGUGAGGAUGAUGGUGAUACUAGCUGUGAAAGUAAGGAUGUUGGCAAUGAGACAGAGGGAUUAUGUACCACAAGCUUUAACCGUAAUUCCAAUAUUGAUGAUGGACGCAAUAUGCUGGAUAACAUUGAUCCUUUCGAGUUUGACAGUUUUAUUUGUUUCACUGAUACAAUGAAGAAGUUAGGUGAUACUAGCUCUGAUGAUACUAGAUUCCUCUGAAAGUGAGGAUGAUGGUGAUACUAGCUUUGAAGAUGAGGAUGUUAGUAAUAUUAGCUCUGAAAGUGAGGAUGAUGGUGAUACUAGCUUUGAAGAUGAGGAUGUUAGUAAUAUUAGCUCUGAAAGUGAGGAUGAUGGUGAUACUAGCUCUGAAGGUGAGGAUGUUAGUGAUACUAUCUCUGAAAGUGAGGAUGUUGAUGAAACCUUGAUAGGUUCAGUGUUAUCCUGGAUAUUGCGUCUAUCAUCAAUAUUGUUUAUCUGACUCCCAUUACAUGUGAGAAUUUAAUAGAUGAAGUUAUAAAUUGUGAUUUAUAUUUCUGAUCUUUUAUAUAAUAUUGAAUGGAAAGAUAAUAGGAAACUGUACUGUGCAUUAAUAUAAAUGUUAAUUUUCUAAAAA